ACCACCAUCUCCAAACAGGACUCCCUCGUGAAUGGAAUUUUAACCACGAAAUUCUGUAUAAAAGAAUGUAUAGCGUAAUACCCAGUAUCACUUUCAACGUAUUCGUUCUAAGAUAAACACAAUGUUCGCCAAGAUCCUCGCUGUAUCUGCCUUCGUGGCUUUCGCUCAAGCUGGACUUCUGCCAGCAGCUCACUUAGUCAGUGAACACGCUGUGGAUUACUAUGCUCACCCAAAAUACGAAUUCAACUAUGGAGUUCAAGAUGGACACACUGGUGACAACAAAUCCCAACACGAAGUUCGUGAUGGAGAUGUCGUAAAGGGAUACUACACUGUUGCCGAACCUGAUGGUACCUUGAGAACCGUCCACUACACCGCUGAUGACCACAACGGUUUCAACGCUGUUGUAGAAAAAUCUGGACAUGCUGCACACCCACAACAAGUUGCCCAUGCCGUCCCUGUUGUACACGCCGCCCCUGUCGUCCAUGCUGCCCCAAUUGUCCACUCCGCCCCUAUUGUGCAUUCUGCUCCAAUUUACCAUCAAGUUGCUCCCCAAUACUACCAUCAUUAAGUGAGGAUUUGAUAUUGUGUUUUCAUGUGAUUUGUUAUUAUGUAAAUAAAACGUUGAUAUUUUUU